AAUCGGUAGUCGGGGAAAUGUGAUUAAGUUAAAGAUCUAAUUUAAAAAAAAAAAUAAAAAAAAAUUUAAAACAGAAAAAAAGAAAUACAAAACUAUUACGCAAAGCUUUUAUAAAUAAAAUUCCAAUAAAAAUAAAAUAUUUAAAAAAACAAAAUGUCCAUGCCCAUAAGUGUCUCCACCCAGGAAUUGGCCGAGUUAAUAAAUGUGCAUUUAGCUGAAUUUUUAGAAAAAGAUCCAGCCUGGCAGGUUUUAGAUUCUCCCAUCUCAGGCAGAGGUAUAUUUGCCAGGCGAGAUAUAGCCGCGGGAGAAACUAUUUUAAGGGAACAUGCUUUAUUGGCAGGACCCACGGCCAAUCUAUCCUCCAAACUUAAUACCUGCUGUGUGUGUUAUUGUCGCCUGGAGGGCAGUGAUCAGGAAAUGAUGUGUAAAAAUGGUUGCACUAUGCCGGUAUGUGAUAAUUGCAUUACCUCCGAAAGACAUGCCAUGGAGUGCCAUUUAUUCCGCAAAUGGCGUCCCAAAGAUACCACCAAAGUUAAUCGCCAUUCUUUGCGCAUAGUCUCCGUAAUACGUUGUUUCUUCCUAAACGAAUUGCAGCGUAAACUUUUGUAUGCCCUGCAAGCCAAUCCCGAUAAAUACUAUAUGAUCGAGAUUCAAAGGGCCUCUGAAUGUUUUGAAUAUUUUCCCAAAGAAUCCGAUAUGUUGGAUUAUUUCUAUCGUACUGUUUGUGCAUUUAAUACAAAUGCAUUUGAGGGCAGAAGUUGUGUGGGUGGCCAUGAGGUUCAGGUGCGUGCUUUGUUUCCAUUGGCUGGUUUGUUAAAUCAUCAGUGCACACCGAAUGCAAAUCAUCAUUUUGAAAAUGGUGAAACUAUUGUAAUAACUGCAGCGCGGCCCAUAGCCCAGGGUGAGGAAAUUGUCUCUACCUAUGUGAAGUUGCUGUGGAGCACCUUGGUUAGAAAGACGUUUUUGGCAAUGACAAAACAAUUUAUUUGUACGUGCAAGAGAUGUUGUGAUCCAACGGAAAAUGGCACUUAUCUCUCGGCUCUCUUCUGUCGUGAACAAAAUUGUAAGGGUAUUGUGAUACCGGUACAAACAAAAACCAUGCAACCCGAUUGGCGUUGUCUGAAAUGUGAAAAUAUCUUUCCACACUCGAAAAUGGCACGCUAUCAGGAUUUUGCCUUAAACACCAUCAACAAUCGUAUAAAUGUCAGCAGUGUUAGUGAUAUGAUCACUUUCAUCAAUGAUGUCUGUCCCAGAUUUUGUCCCUCAUCCAAUUACGUGUUACUCGAAGCUAAACUAAAUGUCAUAUGGCGCAUGUCAAAAGUUAAUCCCGAGGAAUAUACCGAAGAACAAUUGCAAUGCAGAGAUCGUUAUAAGGAAGAGAUCUUGGGGUUGCUGGAGAAACUGGGAGCGGGUGAUUGUACUUUAAGGAAAUUGAUAACAGAACAGAUACAGUGAUUAUAAAAUAAAAAUGUUUUACUUUGUAGGCAAAUAUGUUUUGUGAUUAGAAUUUUGAAAUAUUAAAAUAAAAAUGUUUAAAUUAUUAAUAAAAAAACAAAUAUUAAAUUAAAUGAAAUAA